AUGGGGUCACGAUUCAAAGGAGACACCAAAGACCCCGCGGUCAACGUCACAACAUGGUUUCUUUUGGUUACGAUCGUUUUCAGUGUCUCUGCCCGACUAGGGACUAAAUUCCGACUGUUCAAAAAACUCACUCUGGACGAUCUUUUGAUUAUCGCGUCCUUGGUCUUCGGUAUCGGUCAGAGUAUCGUUAUAUCGCUGGCAGUUGGAUCCGGCUAUGGAAAGCAUUAUAAAGAGGUCUCCAGUGCUGAAGUGGACCAGGUGAUGAAAAACCUCUUUGCCGGCUCUCUUCUAUACAUCCUCAGCCUGAUGUUCUCCAAACUAUCCCUAGCCGUAUUCAUCCGGAGUCUUACGCCAUCCUCGAAAGACAAGUGGCUCGCCCGAGCGGUUGAAGGAAUUAUCUAUGCCUGGGCGGUUGUUGCAAUUUUCGGGACUGCAUUCCAAUGCUCUGUUCCACGCACGUGGGAUUUUUGGGAUGGCCAGUGCUUUAAUGUGAGCAUGCUAAUGAGGCUAAAUGGGAAUUUGCAGUUGGCAUGGCGUUACUUCAUUGCUAUCUCUAACAUUGUUACAGACCUCUUAAUCUUCGCCCAGGCGAUGAUCCUGAUCGCUAGCAUCCAAACGACCCUAGAACGACGUCUGAUAUUUGUGGGUAUCUUCCUACCCCGGCUUUGUGUGGUUGUCGCAACGGUAGUCCAGUUUGCAUUUAUCAAGAAAGGCACUGAAACAACAGAUCCGACCUAUACCAUGUGCGACAUCACAAUUUUCGAAGUGAUUAUCCAGUGUUUGAGCAUCGUUACAGCUUGCUGGGGUCAACUAAAACCCUUCCUGUCAUGGAUGCGAUCGAACGGACUCAAACUCGAUGGUGUGGAGGACCCCACUUCCUGGAACUACAAGACGAGCACGCGAUCGCAGACGCGGUCUAAAUCGCGGGACCGCAAGAGCGGGUUCGAGAGCCACGAAAUCUUCCCUCUGCCAAUGCGGCGAGACCAAAUCCUCAUAACGCAAGACUGGGAAGUUGACAGCCAGUCGAGCCGGGCGCACAUCAUCGUGGAGUCCGAGACCAGCCCCUGGACGGGCAACCGUCAACAAUCGCCCGACCGUCUAAGUUAA